ACCUUGAUCUCUACUACUUUUAUCAGCGCACUCGACGCGGAUUCAAUUCCUGGCAUGGACAGGCCCGUGCCCACUACAAACAUCAAUAUCUCUCAAUCCGUUUCCGUGCCCAUCCAUUUGCCAAUCAUGAACGUCUACACAGUACCCCUCUGCAGGGUGUUGGACGAUUACCUACUUUAGUAUAUAUCUUGCCCUGUGCACUCUCUUCCAGCACCAGUUGAUUCCCAUCAAACCUCCAACACUGUAUCCUGUCUUUACGGGCUGUCUAACCCAAAACCUCCUGAAGACUUCGACGAUGACUUCUCAAAUUGAUCUUGCCGAGUACCUCUUCCGCAGGAUCCGUCAACUCGGGGUCAAGGCUGUCCAUGGCGUCCCUGGAGACUUCAAUCUGACAGCACUCGAUUAUAUAAAACCAGCUGGUCUCGACUGGGUAGGGAAUGCCAACGAGUUGAAUGCUGGAUAUGCCGCAGAUGGCUACGCAAGGAUCCGAGGAGUCUCUGCCCUCGUCACCACCGGCGGCGUCGGAGAGCUUUCAACCAUCAACGCCGUGGCAGGCGCCUACGCUGAAAUGGCUCCGCUAAUUCACGUUGUCGGAACACCCAGUACGCAUAUCCAGGACGGGCGCCUAUGCAUGCACCAUACCCUGGGAGACGGAAACUUCAGGUUUUGUUCAGAGAUGGCAGCCAAGGUCACUGUAGCACAAGCCAACCUGAUCGACACGAAUACUGCAGCUGCACAGAUUGACAGGUGUCUGAAGGCCUGUGUAAUGGAGAGCCGCCCUGUCUACAUAGAAUUGCCGACCAACAUGGUCAAGGCGAAAGUAUCCUCGGAAGGUUUAGAGAACCCUCUUGAUCUUUCGAUUCCAACCGAUGAAGGAUUCGAAGAUACCGAGGUAGACCUCAUCCUCAGCAAGCUCUACUCAUCCAAACAACCUUUCAUCGUGGUUGAUGGGUUCACAUCAAGGUACGGCAUCAGUCAGGAAGCAGACGAGCUGGUUAGAGAAACACGGUUUCCGACAUCGACCACUCCAUUCGGCAAGGGCAUCGUGAAUGAGUCCUACUCCAACUUUUACGGCAUGUAUGCAGGCACGGCUGGGAGCCAAGUCUACAUGCCUUGGGCUCGUGGCUGCGAUCUGGUACUCAGAUUGGGACCUUUGAACAGCGAUGUCAACACAUUCGGCUUCAGCACAAUUCCUGAUCCCAAGACCACUAUAACCUUUGAGCGUGACAGCGUUGAGAUCUGCGGCACCAAGUAUCAGAAUCUCCACAUCAAGUCGCUGUUACGAAGAGUUCUAUCCAAGCUGGAUAAGAGCAAGCUUCCGAAAUACCAGCCUUCAAUGGAUCUUGGUGAUCCAAGAGAGCAACUAAAGGCACUAACUCCGGCGGAGGACAAAGAUAUCAUUGAGCAUGAUACCUUCUGGCGACGGAUGUCGAACUUCUUUCGUUCUGGCGAUAUCAUCUUGACAGAGACAGGCACACCCUCUCUUGGUGGACGUGACUUUGUCCUCCCACCACAUACUUUCCUCGUCAACUCUUCCAUCUGGUUGUCGAUUGGUUACAUGCUCGGUGCUUGUCAAGGAGUAGCGCUGGCUCAACGCGAGAUGAUUGAAGAAGGUGUGCGCCCUCCAGGACGUACUAUCCUCUUCGAAGGCGAUGGCAGCUUGCAAAUGACGGCUCAAGCCUUCUCGGACAUCAUCCGAAACCGACUGGACGUGAUCAUCUUUGUGAUCAACAACAAUGGCUACACAAUCGAGAGAUGGAUCCAUGGCAUGAGAGCCGACUAUAACGACGUUCAGCCAUGGAGAUAUCUCGAGACAGCCAAGUAUUUUGGUGCUCCAGAGAAUGACCCCGCAUACCCCGUACAAUCUCGGCGCGCUGAGAAUUGGGGAGAGCUCAAGGCCAUCAUGGCAGAUCCGGAGAUCCAAAAGGGCAAAGGCUUCUCCCUGAUCGAGGUCAUUAUGCCCCAGGAGGACGCGCCAGACGUCCUGAAGAAACUGGUCCAGGGCGUCGCAAGAAGAAGCAGUGGAGAGUCAGACACUGAGCAGCCCAGCAAUAAGCGACAGAAGCGAGACCAGCAAAGCCGACACGUGGACGAGAAGGCCAUGAGGAUUUCUGGCUGAUGAGAGACGUGUCCCGGAGUCUAGACAUGAUUUAUUGACGGUUAAGGAAGUCGUUCCUCCACCGGUGAUGCAUUACUCGCAUGGCGCUAAGGACGUGGUGGCUGUUUGAACCAGGG